AUGUCUCUCCACAACUCCCAAGCCUUUCUUUUACCAUCAUUUGUACUUUUUGUGCUUACCAGCUCCAUUAGUUCUCUGCUGUCAACCGAAAUUUAUCACAAAUGUACAGAUGGACUUGGAUCUAAUGAACCCUCUAACGAAAACUACAGAUCCAACCUCACUACCCUGUUAGAUUCUUUCUCCUCCAAAACUUUCCAGAACUACACUUUCGACACUAGUAGCAAUGGUGGCAUCUAUGGCCUCUUUCUUUGCAGAGGUGAUCUUUCUAAUAUUAACUGCCAAAACUGUGUCAAAGUUGCGAGCAAUUUUAUUACAAGUAAGUGUCCAUUAAACAGGAGUGCCAUCGUAUGGAACGCCGGAUGCAUGUUAAGGUACUCUGACUUCAAUUUCUUUGGGGUGUCACAGACACAGCCACAGGUGUUCUUGUGGAAUUCCCAGAAUGAAACUUCACCUGAAGAGCCUAAUUUUGAUGCAACAUCUCUUAUGUUCGACCUAGUAGGUAAAGCUCUAGAAACAGACAUGUUGUACAAGUCAGGUGAGGGGUUUUCUGUACUUAAGGGGGCAAAUGAUCCCGGAUAUGGGUUGGUGCAGUGUACAAAAGAUAUCAAUAUAACUGGAUGCCGCAAUUGCUUGUAUGAUUUGAUGGGGAUAAUCGCUAACUGUUGCCGAACGAGGAAAGGGUUUACAAUCUUUGCCCCAAGUUGCAAUCUAAGGUUUGAGAUCUUCUCUUUCUUCGAAACAGCACGAGCGUUGCCAUCUCCACCGUCUGGUAAUGUGGCUCAAAUGACAAGUGUAGAAUCUUUGCAAUUCGAUUUCGGCACUAUUAGAGCUGCAACAGACAACUUUUCAGAUGCAAAUAAACUUGGGAGAGGUGGAUUUGGGGAAGUUCACAGGGGUAGGCUAUUUAAUGGACAAGAGAUAGCUGUGAAGAGGCUUUCUAGGAAUUCUGGACAAGGCGAUCUAGAGUUUAAGAACGAAGUCCUGUUAGUAGCCAAACUCCAACACCGAAGUUUAGUUAGGCUCCUUGGAUUUUGCUUAGAAGGAAGUGAAAGACUUCUUAUCUAUGAGUUCGUACCUAAUACAAGCCUUGAUCACUACAUAUUUGAUCCAAUAAAGCGUGCAAAUUUAGAUUGGGAAAUGCGUUACAAAAUCAUAAGAGGCAUUGCUCGAGGGAUUCUAUACCUUCAUGAGGAUUCUCGACUUCGGAUAAUUCAUCGUGACCUUAAAGCUGGCAACAUUCUACUAGAUGCUAAGAUGAAUCCUAAAAUUGCAGAUUUUGGAAUGGCAAGGAUGUUUGUAUCAGAUGAAACUGAAGGCAAUACAAAUAGAAUUGUGGGAACCUAUGGAUAUAUGGCCCCAGAAUAUGCAAUGUUUGGACAAUUCUCAAUCAAGUCAGAUGUCUUUAGUUUUGGUGUGUUGAUUUUGGAGAUUGUAAGUGGCCAAAAAAAUACUUCUUUUCAUAAUGGAGAGAAUAUGGAGUACCUUCUUAACUAUGCAUGGAAAAAUUGGAGAGAGGGAACAAUUUCUAAUCUAAUAGAUCCCACAUUAAACAACAGUCCAAUAAGUGAAAUAUUGAGAUGUAUUCACAUUGGACUACUAUGUGUUCAACAAAAUGUAGAUGACAGACCAAACAUGACUCUAGUUGGUCUCAUGAUGAAUAGCAAUACUGUUGCUCUCCCUGUACCUACACAACCUGCAAGUUUCACACGGAGCAAUGUUAUAUUAGUCACAUCAUUGCAACCGGAGAUUGGUUCGCCUGUAACUAACAACGAGGUUUCAAUUACUGAGUUAUAUCCUAGAUAA